UUGGUGUUUCUGUUCUUGAAAAGAAUUAGGAGAUGGGAAUGUUUUGGUGUUGCAGGGUUUCUGAGAUUAAGACGAUGAGGAAGCAGAAUCCCUUGAAAAGCUCCAAGAGUACUGUGAAUGAGGCAGGGACUUCCACCAAAUAUGAAAAUGAAGGAGGGGGCCUGGCUUCCAUUGCCAGAAGUCUUUCCAUGAAAACAGGGAUGAACAAGCAAAAGCAGCUAGCAGAAGACAUUGGGUAUGAGGACAUAAAAAUUGCAACAGAAGUGUUCACAUUUCGCGAGCUAGCCAACGCGACAGACAACUUCAAUCCGGAGCUGUUAGUGGGGGAAGGAGGAUUUGGGAGGGUAUAUAGAGGGCAUAUCAAAAGAACAAAUCAAAUUGUUGCAGUGAAGCAACUGGACAGGAAUGGUGUUCAAGGGAACAGGGAAUUCCUGUCUGAGGUCUUCAUUCUCAGCGUUGUUAACCACCCGAAUCUCGUGAACCUGAUGGGAUAUUGUGCUGAUGGGAAUCAAAGGAUUCUAGUAUACGAGUUUAUGUGCAAUGGGUCGUUGCAAGAUCACAUUUUUGAUUUGCUUCCAGGCAAGAGGCCUAUGGAUUGGUAUACCAGAUUACAAGUGGCUAAGGGUGCAGCUCAGGGGCUGGAAUACCUGCAUAACACAGCCAAUCCUCCAAUAAUCUAUCGCGAUUUCAAAACAUCAAACAUAUUAUUGGACGAGUUUUUCAACCCGAAGCUCUCUGAUUUUGGGCUCGCAAAGCUAGGACCAACCGGGGAGCAAGAUCACGUGUCUACCAGGAUAAUGGGCACGUAUGGGUAUUGCGCCCCCGAGUAUGCUAAGACUGGACAGCUCACAGCCCAGUCCGAUGUUUACAGCUUCGGAGUUGUCUUUCUGGAGAUCAUUGCAGGGAGGAGAGUGAUUGAUAACACCAUACCAACUGAGGAACAGAACCUGGUUUCUUGGGCAAAACCAAUUUUUACUGACAGGCAAAGAUUCACAUCAUUGGCUGACCCUAAACUUGAAGGACACUACCCACCAAAGGGCAUGUACCAAGCUCUUGCUCUUGCAGCUAUGUGCCUCCAAGAUGAAGCUAAUAUUCGGCCUCUAAUUUGCGACGUUGUGAGUGCCCUCGAGUACUUAGCCACCCCAAACGAGGAGUGGAAUAGCACAGCCGAUGUAGACUACUCCAAUUGCCUGUUCAUUCCCCAAGAUGCUUCUGAAAGCACUUCCAGAACCAAUUGAUCCAGCAAGCAGGUUAUGCAGGAUGAAG